AUGGCUUUUGGAAGGAUUCGAAGCAACAAGCGACCGUCUUCCUCGGUUUCAUACGUUUCAACAAUCACAACCGUAAUCUUCAUAGCCUUAUGUGUUUUGGGUGUAUGGAUGCUCACCUCUGAUAACAUAGCCCCUCCUAAACCCACUCCUCGCGCUUCCACCACCAUUGUUACACGUGAUGAAUCCAACGAACUCAGUAAACCGAACGAGAAAAUCAAUUCCGGGACGUUUGAAGACAAUCCCGGGGAUUUACCUGAUGAUGCAUUGAAGAACGGUGAGUCUCAGAAAACCGAGGAAGAUCAGAAGAAGUCGUUAGAUCAGUCGAGUACUGCUACUACUACCAAGGAUUACUCUAAAGAGUCUAAUGUGGGAGAUUCGUACCAGAAUAUUGUGGAAAAGAAGGGUUCGAUACAGGAAAAUAAUGAACCUGAAAUUGUUGAUGAAAAUACUGGUGGUAAGGCGAAAGAGAAUGAAUUACCUUUGGUUGAUGAAAAUGCUCAGAUUCUGGGUGGUAAAGAGUCUGUUGAAGAACAUGAAAAGAAAAACGAACAUCAGGUACAAGUUUUGGAAGAGAGCACUCUCACCGAGAAACAGAACAUUCAACAAAAUAUUGAACAUGAUCAGGACAUUAACAAGCCUAAACAGGAACCACAACAAGAACAACAACCAGAACAACAACAACAACAACAACCAGAACAACAACAACAACAACAACAACAACAACAACCAGAACAACAACAACAACAACAACAACAACAACCAGAACAACAACAACAACAACAACAACAACCAGAACAACAGGAAAGAGAACAGAAGGCUAAAAACAAACAGACAGCGGAGGAAGAACAACAAAGGGAUAAUAAUAAUCAACAAGAGACUGUAGAGGAACAACAGCAGCAACAGGAUGAAAAACCAACCACGUUUAGCGAUGAGACAAAGCAAGAUCCAACGAAACAGGACAACAGCGAAGAUUCCAACACAAAACAGGACAGCAGCGAAGAUUCAAAUACAAAACAGGAAGAAAAACAAAUGACCCACCAACAGCAAGAAGACGAAGCUGCCAAGCAGGGAGAUUCUGAGAAGGAGAACGAGGAAAGUACACAAGCAAAAGACAAAGCGGGAGUAUUGGUUGAUGAGAAAUCAAGUGACUCGAGCUCACUCCCAAACUCGGGGAUUCCAAGGGAGUCGAAUGAGUCAAAAAGGUCUUGGUCGACACAGGCAGCUCACUCUAAUGAUGAGAAACAAAGGCAGAAGGAUAAUGUAAAGGGACAAGAUGAAGAGAGUCUAUAUGGGUAUACAUGGAAGCUCUGUAAUGUGACAGCAAGCUAUGAUUAUAUUCCUUGUUUGGACAAUGAGAAGGCAUUAAAAAAAUUGCGUACUACAAAACAUUUUCAGCACCGUGAGAGGCAUUGCCCCGAGGAUCCCUCGACUUGCCUUGUCCCCAUUCCUCAAGGGUACAAGAAACCUGUCCAGUGGCCACAGAGCAGGAAUAAGAUUUGGUUUCACAACGUACCUCACACAGAAUUAGCAAAGGUGAAAGGCCACCAGAACUGGGUGAAAGUUUCAGGGGAGUUCUUGACUUUUCCGGGAGGUGGAACUCAAUUUAUUCACGGUGCUCUUCAUUACAUUGAUUUCCUUGAAAAGACAGUUCCAGGAAUUAAAUGGGGUAAGCACACGAGAGUAGUACUGGAUGUUGGAUGUGGUGUUGCAAGCUUUGGAGGCUUUCUUUUUGAUAGGGAUGUACUUACAAUGUCAUUUGCACCCAAAGAUGAACAUGAGGCUCAGGUACAGUUUGCCCUUGAGAGAGGCAUACCUGCGAUAUCUGCUGUUAUGGGUUCUCAGAGGCUCCCAUUCCCUAGCAGAGUGUUUGAUGCUGUGCAUUGUGCUCGUUGUAGGGUUCCUUGGCAUGAAGAAGGUGGUAGACUUUUACUCGAGCUGAACCGAGUACUACGACCUGGAGGGCAUUUUAUUUGGUCAGCUACACCUGUGUACCAAAAGCUCAAAGAGGAUGUGGAGAUAUGGGAAGCCAUGUCUGCACUGACUGCAUCGAUGUGCUGGAAGCUUGAGAAAAAAGAGAAAGAUGUUGUAAAUAAGAUUGGAGCUGCCAUAUUCCGGAAACCCACAAACAAUGAAUGUUAUGACCAAAGAAAGGAAAACAAACCUCCAAUGUGUAAGAGUGAUGACGAUCCAGAUGCUGCAUGGUAUGUACCUCUGCAAGCAUGCAUGCAUCGGGUGCCAACUGAUGAGUCAGCAAGGGGAAGCAAAUGGCCGAUUAGGUGGGCUAAAAGGUUGCAGGCACCUCCAUACUGGCUGAACAAAACUCAGAUGGGAAUAUACGGAAAACCAGCUCCUGACGAUUUUGAAAAAGAUUACGAGCACUGGCAAGAUGUGGUGAACAAGUCAUAUCUUAAUGGACUUGGAAUCAGUUGGUCAAAUGUGAGGAAUGUUAUGGACAUGAGAGCUGUUUAUGGAGGAUUUGCAGCGGCAUUAAGAGACCUUAACAUCUGGGUCCUGAAUGUUGUCAAUGUAAAUUCUCCGGACACACUUCCCAUAAUUUACGAAAGAGGCCUCUUCGGAAUCUACCAUGACUGGUGUGAAUCUUUCAGCACGUACCCUCGAACGUACGAUCUUCUGCAUGCUGAUCAUCUUUUCUCAAAACUGAAAGAAAGGUGCAAACUUACAUCGGUGAUGGCAGAAAUAGACAGAAUAGUUAGACCUGGAGGCAAGUUGAUUGUUCGUGACGAGUCCAGCUCAAUCGGAGAAGUUGAAAACUUGCUAAAAUCACUGCACUGGGAGGUCCAUUUGACUUUCUCCAAGGAUCAAGAAGGAAUACUAAGUGCAACAAAGUCUGACUGGCGACCAACAUCGUGAUACCUGAACUUGAAGCUCAAGAUUUGGCACAUCCAGCAAAUUCCCUGCUUAGCAUACUAGGAGAAUUUUUAGAAGAAAUAGCAUGUUAUGAAUCAGCUCAGUUGCUGUUCUACCAGUAUCAAACAUAGAUUGAAAUACCAAUGUGUGAUUCAACAAAAUUGUAGCAUGAAUUGAAAGUUUAAUGACAGCAUAAUGUUAGUAGCAUAAAAGAUGGAACGACUGUAGAAUGUUGAAAAAUUCUUGUUCGCGAUUCAAUAUCAUAACAGCCAGAUAUCCAA